AUGGAAACAAAUAAGAGAUUAUUGGUGCUGGCAAUGGUUAUGGUGAUAUUUGUGAGUGUGAAUGGAGAUGGGGAUGCAUCAACGAAGACAUUGGUGAAGACUGUGAAGGGAAAGAAGGUUUGUGACAAGGGUUGGGAGUGUAAAGGGUAUUCACAGUACUGUUGCAACCAGACCAUUUCAGAUUUCUUCCAGACUUACCAAUUUGAGAAUCUUUUUUCCAAGAGGAAUUCUCCUGUAGCUCAAGCCGUUGGGUUUUGGGAUUAUCGUUCUUUUAUUGUUGCUUCUUCUACGUACCAACCUAAUGGAUUUGGGACUACUGGUGGCAAGCUCAUGCAGAUGAAGGAGGUUGCGGCUUUCCUUGGCCAUGUUGGCAGCAAAACCUCAUGUAAGUUUGAUCCUUGA